CUCUACUGUAGCCUCCAUUUAUCCGUACACUAUCAGCGCUACUGUGGCAUGAUGGACAUAUGGGUGACUAUGGAAUAACUGCAUAGGAUAUCAGUUUCUCAAGUGCGGGCAGCCCAAGAUCCAAAGUGGGUGAUUUCCAGCAGAGAGCAGCUUCACCAUCUCUUCACCACCUCAUUCAGUCAAAAAGAAGAAAGCUGGACCCCUCCCUCUAACAGGAAGCACAAGCUUGCACUUCGUUCCACAAACCGUCACAUUUUCCCUCCUAUUCAGAUGUCAGUUACUCACUAAUCUACGACUGUCAGUACCUCUCGUACUUGCAGUUUACCAGAUGAAAACCCCAAAGUGUAAACUCCAUGCCUUUACCUUUUGAGUGCAUCUGAGAAAAGAUGACAUUCCCUGCCUUAAUGUGUCAUGCACUUUGUUUCUGAUGCAAUCUCAAGCCUUCCAUUAAGGAAGCUCUCCCUCUUUUUUACAACUUUCCAGUCUGUAAACACAUUUCAUUUACAAAAUGGUGGACCUCAAGAAUCGGACAAGAAAGCUUUUGAUUGUGCUGUUCUGCAUCUGUGCCAUUAGCAUCAUUAUAUUCAGCUACAGCAGCACCUCAUCGUUACAACUUGCCAUCCGGCAGUCCGACAAACCCGUUUCCAAGGCACUGUGUGCCUGCCGCCAGUGCAUCUCUGUUGAGGAUGAAGACCCCUGGUUCAGGAAGCGCUUUAACACAUCAAUAUCGCCCUUCCUGUCACAGAAGAACGCCAUACUUUCUAAGGACACCUUUAAAUGGUGGCAGCGGCUAUUCCCCAAGGCAAACAAAGCCAACUACAGUGCUGUGGUGCAGAAACUAUUCCAGGUUGUCCCUGGGGAGGGACAUUACAACGACUCAGGGCCCAAUCGCUGCAGGACUUGCGCUGUAGUCGGGAAUUCUGGGAACCUCAAGAGAUCUGAUUAUGGAGUUCUCAUUGACUCCAAUGACUUCGUCAUAAGGUGA